CCAACGGUUUGAUUUUGUUUUUAAAAUUCAAACUAAGGCUCUCAUGAUUUUUGUGCUUCUCUCUAGAACGAUCGAUCUAGAAGAUGAUGACGAUGAAGCAAAAGAUGGAGGACGAGAAGAUAGUUUCUCUGUUGGUGGAAUCAGGAGUUGAUCUCCGGAACUACCGUGGACAGACAGCUUUGAUGCAAGCUUGUCAACAUGGUCAUUGGGAGUUUGUUUUGUUUCUGAUUCUUUUAGGUGCUAAUAUUCACAGAUCAGAUUACUUAAAUGGCAGUACUGCUCUACACCUUGCGGCUCUAAAUGGUCAUCCUCUGUGUAUCAGGAUCUUGCUUUCGGAGUAUAUACCAAGUGUUCCUAAUUGCUGGAGCCUAUUGAAAAAUAAGAAAUAUUCAGUUGCUGGAUUUGAUCCAAGUGUUCUUCACGAUGUGAUCAACAGAGCAGCAGAUGGAGGAAUCACACCUCUUCAUGUGGCGGCUUUGAACGGACACAUAGAGACGGUGCAGUUACUCUUGGAUUUGGGAGCUUCGGUUACUCAGAUAGUUUCUCUGUUGGUGGAAUCAGGAGUUGAUAUUAAUCUCCGGAACUACCGUAGACAGUGGCUUGUAAAGCUGCUUCCUUUAACUUGGUUUGGUCAGAGCAGCUGGAUCGGCCAUCCUUUUGAAUAUGAUGGCAAGGAAUUUGAUUUGGUGGUUAGAUUCUGCAAGGAUGUGGAAACAAGAGGGCAGACGGGAUAUGUUGAUAUCGGACGGUUUGACCCGUUAAGCUACUUUGUUUCUAGUUCUGGAAAUUUCGAUUUCGUUCAAGUGAGAGCCUUCUCUUCUUUGCUCUCCUGUUUUGGAUUAGGCAUCAUAGGGUUUUACCAUGGCGACCUGUCAAAUUGUGAACAGAGUUAUGACAAACUUGGACGUACAUCACAGGUCAAUAUUAUUUGUGGGAACUUUAGGGAUGGACGGUGUAAAGCUGUGUUUGCUUCUGGUGGACUUGGAUGCAUAUGUAGUGUCACCCAAGAUUCAACUUGCAGAGUUACUGACGACUUGGCUAUUCCAUGUGAGAAACCUGGCCCGCUGGUGUUCAAGGAAUUCAAGUGUUCUUCACGAAGUGAUCAACAGAGCAGCAGAUGGAUUAAUCACACCUCUUCAUGUGGCGGCUUUGAACGGACACAUAGAGACGGUGCAGUUACUCUUGGAUUUGGGAGCUUCGGUUACUCAGGUCAAGUGACUAUAGUUCUUGCUCUGGUUCUCCACUAAUUUUGCUGUUCAUGUUCUUUGAAAAUGAUUCAAGAUUAUUUUUAGAUAGUCAUAUGUGUUAUGAAGCUUGUUGAUGGUUGGCUUUUUUCUCAAGCAUAGGGAUAAUUUGGAAAAGUGGCUUACUGAUGAAAAAGCCAGCGAUUAGCUAGUCAUUCGUUCUGACCGUCAUACUAGAUUCUCUGUUGAUCGUCUGUAUUAUUGGGUUGCUGCUUAGUUGGUGUUUGGCCCUUGUUGCAUGUCUGCCAUUGCUCAGGUUUGUUUCGUUUCUUCAGUUUACCCAAAGAAAGCCUUAUGUUACUG